AUGCCGUCAACCUAUGAACGCUACCGCUCUUCGUCUCGAUCCGGAGGAUUUUCAACGAUAAGUGGCUACACGAGCUAUAACUCUUCACCAUCGUAUGUUGACACCGACACUACUCGUCGUUUCAAGAGAUAUCAGCAUGACAUGACACCUAUGGUCAUGAGCAUGUACGAGGGCCGCAUUGGUCAACUCGAAAGAUCACUGUCACGUGAACUGUUAACAAAGGACAGGCUGCGCUCCGAGUACAGCCAGCUAUCGAGCAAACUGAAUCAAGCUGUGCGGCAAAUGGAUUUGCUGCGAGCGACCCCGUAUUCGAGUAUGCGCUCAGCUUCACAUCCGCGUACCAGUAUCUACUCCCAUUUCUAUCCCUACUACUAG